AUGCCUUCGACAACAACCAUUGCCCGCCCACUGCAGCUACUCAUUCGUGCCAUGCAAUGGGGGAGUGCUGUUAUUGUGAUGGGGUUGACUUCGUUCUUUAUCAGUCGCGGUCCCCGAGGUCAGCAUAUCAUAUAUCAGGAAGUUAUUGCUGUCCUAUCGGUCGUUUUCUUCCUACCAGCUUUCAUUUCCCCAUUCAUGCCCAACAGGCUGAGCAAGUUUGUGGUCUUCAUUGACAUUGUGUUCUCCUAUCUGUGGUUGACUGCCUUCAUCUUCGCCGCUCAAGACUACAAUUUGCAUUCGUGCAUCGCGAACGCCCCGCCUGGCGUCACCUGCGGUCGUAAGAAGGCAAACGAGGCAUUCAUGUUCCUGGCUUUCAUCUCUACCUUGUUUGGCUUGUUCCUGGAAGUAUACCUUCUCUGGGGCUACCACAAGGAAAACAAUACCACCCCUGGGCACCCUGAGAAGAUCGAGAACGGCGCGCAGCCUUCUGUCGAUGCACCUGCUACUACCACUGCAGCUGGCGCUGUGUAG